CCAUAUGGUUGGUUCUCAGUUUUUCACUUCCCGCCGCUGAGUGUGAUCGAAAGCAGUCUGCGCUACAUUUAACCAUGCCUAAAACAAAAGAAGUACUGUCUUCUACUUCUGGUAGUGAUUCAGAGAGUGACACAGAAACAAAGGCCAAAAGAAAGAAGGCAAGUGCUCCUGAGAAGCCUGCAAAAAAACAGAAAAGCGGAGAGACUUCCAGGCCAAGCGCCUCUGCUAAGAGUGACAGAAACAGUGAUGAUAACAUGUUCCAGAUUGGGAAGAUGAGAUACGUCAGUGUCAGGGAUUUCAAAGGAAAAGUUUUGAUUGACAUUCGCGAAUACUGGAUGGACCAAGCUGGUGAAAUGAAGCCUGGCAAAAAAGGUAUUUCAUUAAAUCCCGAGCAGUGGAACCAGUUAAAGGAACAAAUGUCAGACAUUGAUGAUGCAGUUAGAAAAUACUAAAAUCUCUCUGUACAUUGAAUAAUUGGUCAAUUCUUUUCAGAAUUACACUUUUUGGUGCACGGGGACUUUAGCAAACUGUGACCCCCUUUUCAACUUAAAAUGUUUGAUGUUAAAUAUUUUUUGUUCAUAUGUUGUUGUUGUUGUUGUCAACUUCCAACUGUGUAUUGUUUGUUGUAGACGUGUGUGCAUAAUAACUCUUGAAUGGGUGAUAUUUUAAUACUAUAGCUGCAUUGUCAUCAUACUCUGCCUAUGUUAAUAAAAGGCUUUUUUUGGUUUAGAA